AUGAUGAGAAAUGAUGCGAUGGAACAGAGAUUAUCUUGCUCCAAAGGGACAAAGGAGCAAAAUUUUAAGAGCUACUUAAAGCGAUCUGGACUUAUUUUAAGAGCUUUGCGCAACUGUGGUAACGACGAUGGAGAUGUUAACCGCUUCUUACCUGUAAUGGAAGGUUCAGCAAGAGGAAAUUAUGGCCUGACAGAUCAAGUAGCUGCUUUACACUGGGUGCAGGAGAAUAUAGCAGAAUUUGGUGGGGAUCCCAAGAAUGUAACGCUUUUUGGACAAGGCCACGGAGCAGCAUGCAUCAAUUUUCUUGUCUUAUCACCUAUGGCUAAAGGUUCCACUCUCUUCCCUGCAGGGUUGUUUCAUCGAGCCAUCAUGAUGAGUGGAUCAGCUUUAAGUUCUUGGGCAAUAGCGCGUGAUGCAAACAUUUAUGCUCAACAGAUUGCCCGGACUCUUGGUUGCCCAACAACUCAACCAGCUAGUCUUCUUGAGUGCUUACGCGAGAGAUCUGUUGCAGACAUACUAAGAGUUCAGACCACUGUUCCAAUGUUUCUUACAGGAUUUGGUCCCACUAUUGAUGGUAUAGUUAUCCAAAACGAGCCUCUUUUAAUGAUGGAAGAACUAGCGAACGAACAUCAGUCUGGUUUGUUCGAUCUCAUGUUUGGUGUGACUCGAGUUGAGUCAUAUUUCUACAUAUCUGAGAAGGAGGAAAAGGUCGGUUUAGAAAUAGGACGUAGGGAUAAGCUUUUGCGAACUCUAGUUAGAAAUAUCUUCAACUAUCACCUUCAGGAGAUAUUUCUUACUAUAGUAAACGAGUAUACUGACUGGACUAAAGCAGUUCAGCAUGAUAUAAAUGUUUUAGAUGGCACGUUAGAUGCUCUAGGAGAUGCCCUUGUUGUGGCCCCAGUGGUGAAAUCCGCUAAUUAUCAUUCUUUAGGGCCUCGAAAAUCAUUCUUUUACGUAUUCAAUUACCAAACAGAAGAUGGAAAGUUUCCGCAAAGGCAAGGCUGCAUUUCCGGAGAAGAUCUUCAGCACGUGUUUGGAGCACCAUUAGUCGGUACUCUGGGUCAUUUUUCUCGAAAUUAUACUCAAGCUGAAGUGGGAUUAGCAGAAGCAGUCAUGACCUAUUGGGUUAAUUUUGCACGAAACGGAGAUCCAAAUGUGCAACAGCCAGAAAGAGGUGCUCCAGAACGAUCAAAAGGAAGAUUUGACAGGCUUAUGUGGCCGCCUUAUGAAGAAGUCCAUCAGAAGUAUAUGAUGAUAGGAAUCAGGCCUAAAGUCCGAGAUCAUUACCAUGCUCACCGUCUCUCCUUCUGGUUACAUCUGUUUCCCCAGCUUCAUGAAACUAGUUCCGUUAACGUGUCGCCAGAACAUCACCUCCUAGAUGAUCACGAUAACCUUCAGACAUACGAUGGAGCUGUUAGACAAGUUGCAUUUUCCGUAUCUCCUGAAGAUUUCGAAACUUUAGCUCCCACAACUGCAUCCAAUACUUCUUGGAAUCGAUCAACAAACAAGCCAGAUGUAGUUCCAAUCAGUUCCAAUGAUGAGCUUUCUACCGAAAGUUUUACACAGGUCUCAACAACGAUGAAUAUGUCAGAUUCUUUGGCUGUUGUGAUGCAGGAGGGAGGCAUCAGUGCAGCUCUGAGUGUUACAAUAGCUGUCGGAGCUUCUCUUUUAGUUCUGAAUAUUCUCAUAUUUGCUGGCAUUUACUAUCAAAGAGACAGAAACAGGGCAGAAGACCUUCAGAAAAGAAUUUUUGCGGAAGGAUCGGUGGACUCCCAGAUGUCUUCUUCAGUCCCCCAAAUGAAGCCUCUUUCCUUAAGGGCCCCGCCUCCGUCUCCAGUAUGCCAAACUUUGCAACAACAGCAGGAAAUGGCUCUUCAUACGCAGAAAGUUCCACCUAAGCCUUGCAUGGUACCCACUCCGCCGCAAAUCCACCAAAAGCCAAACUUAGCGCAGCCUCUGCUCAAUCCAGAUGGGAGCAAGCCAUUAACAACCGGAUACAGUUUUCCCAAGUUCAUCAAUCUCAUAAUCAUCAAGAAAUUAAGCUGUAAAGUGGCGUUUGUGAUAGUCAUGUAUCGUUCUACUUGUGGAAGUAACAAAAUGUUGUGUCAAAUCCUGUGGUGCAGUUUAAUGUUUUGCAGAGCCACAUACUGUGUUCAAGCUGAUGAAGUUUCGGAUUAAUGAAGCCAGGAUGCUAUACAUUUCCGAAAACACGUGCAGUACUGAUGCCCUCAAAAUAUCACCCAUUGUUUGUAUAUGAUAUUAAAAUUACAUACAGCCAAGCAUGUUGUGUACUAUUAGCACUCUUGUGAAAUUGUAAUUGUUUAUGUGAAGUGUUGUGAAAACGAAUGUUGAAUCAAAGGAAUUGCUUCUGAAUGUAUAACGGCUAUAUUUCAUUUACGUCACUCAAUCUGAACGUAAAUUGAAAAAUCUUGAUAGAUGUUUAAACUCUAAAUAUAUUUGCUAUAUUAU